AUGCUUCUCCUCCAUCAAGUCGGCAGCCUCAAGACAGGCGAAGUCGUUCGAUAUACUAUAACAUACAUACCUUCUCAAGACAGGAUCUUGCCGUCUCCUGAGAAGCUCUUCCUGCGCGUGCGCAACACCUCGGCCAUCGCUCUCCGAGCCGCUUUCGUCCACGGACCGUAUACUCUCUCCGCCGCCGCUUACCCCGCUGCGUUCAACCCCAACGAGAAGUUCGAAUAUCCCGAGCGUUAUGGAGUGCCAGAGUUUGAGCCCAUGGUCAAGGCGGGAGGCUCUUGGGAAUGUGAGCUUGUGGUUCCGGUUACAAUCCGACAGACUGCUGGGCUAGGAAGUCAUGGAGGCUUUGGAAAGGCGCCAGAGCAUGAUCAUGAAAGCGCCAGUUGGAUUGUUGAGGUCUCUUCGCAGAUUCUGUUCUCGACUUCUGCUGCUGUUGGCUUCGAGGUUGUGUUGGCUCGUGACAAAAAGUCCUUGAGCCUCAGCAGCUCGAGUCCGGUGGUCGGUGGACAAUCCCAAGUUCCUCAGCCUGGAAAGAUCAGCGACUACCAACAAGGUGUAGAGGCCAAAGAAGGACAUCAUUCUGCGCAGCCACGAGGUGUCUUUUCUCGCGCGAUACAACUCAAGGUCGAAGAUACUGCAGCACUGUGGAAUACUCCUAGACUUCCAGGCUGGGAUGACAAAGGAGAAGGGCGCGCUGAAAAGCGAUCAGGUGCAGAUCAGCAUGUAGAAAGUGUCGUCAAGACUGGCGAUCCCGAAACAAAGGGCGAUGAAUCAAAACCAGAGAAGCCCAAAAAGAAACAGAAAAAGGUCCACAUGGUAGUUCUGACACAUGGGCUGCACAGCAAUCUUGGCGCAGACAUGCUCUUCAUGAAAGAAAGCAUUGAUGCAGCUGUCAAGCAAGCCAAGAUCGAUGCCAAGGCACGGCGGGCCCGGGAACGAGCCGCGAGGAAGAAAUCAGGCAACGGCCUUGUCGAAUCAGAUUCUCACGAUACAAAGGACAUGGACAGAGUGGAGGGUGAAGAUGAUGACGAUGAUGAUGAAGAGGUUAUUGUUCGUGGCUAUUCAGGCAACUCGACCAAAACUGAACGAGGAAUUAAGUAUCUCGGGAAGAGGCUCGCUAGAUACGUCCUGUCCAUGACAUACCCAGAUCAGCCAUUCCUACCGACAGGGAAGGGAAUGACGGAUGCUAUAACUCAUAACUUUGAUAAGCAUGAUCCCCAGCAGAAACCGGUACACAAACACAGUACUAUUCAUCUCGGCAAGGAUGGGGCACAUCUUCACAAGGCGGAACGUCCAUACAAGAUUACCAGCGUAAGUUUCAUUGCUCACUCUCUUGGCGGUCUUGUUCAGACCUACGCCAUUGCAUAUAUACAAAAACACUCGCCACAGUUCUUCGACCUCAUCAAGCCAAUCAACUUUGUUGCUUUGGCUACACCAUUUCUGGGGCUGAGCAACGAAAACCCUCUAUACGUCAAGUUUGCCCUGGACUCUGGUCUCGUUGGCAGGACAGGAAAGGAUCUUGGUCUGACAUGGAGAGCGCCAACACUUGCACGGAGUGGUUGGGGCGCUAUUGUAGGAAACCUAGGAGAGACGGCGCAUAAGAAAGUUUACGGGGAGACGCAGCCAGAGUCGAAACCGCUACUAAGAAUCUUACCGACUGGCCCUGCACAUACCGCGCUGAAGAAGUUCCGAAACAGAACUGUGUACUCCAACGUGGUCAACGAUGGAAUUGUACCGCUUCGCACAAGUUGUCUUUUGUUCCUGGACUGGCAGGGACUCGGGCGUGUUGAAAAAGCUCGGCGAGAUGCUGGCUUGGUCGAAACAGUCGUUGGGUUCGGAUGGGCUGAGUUGACAGGCACGAAUCAGGCUCGCCAGAAGCAACUUGGGAACGGCUCAGCAGGACAGUCUGGUACUUCAUCUCCUAAGACCCACGAAGAUAUGCGCGAGGUUCCACAGCCACCAAGCACGGCUAUGGUUGAUGAUGACAGGGCGAGUCUGCGUUCUGUGGCCACGCCAUAUGGCGAUGAGGUACCGUCUGAUUCUGCUGAUUCAACCAACAGCGGACCAUUGGCGGGAUUCUUCAACUUCUUCAAGAGCAAUGAGCCACCAAAGCCCCCCAACGUGUCGCAGAAGCAGAAGAAGAUAUACUCCAAGAGCCAGACUCUCAAGCUUGAUGAGUUGGCUGAUGGCAGUGUUGACACCGCUUCUGAGACCGCUUCGACUAAACAGUCCAAGGUUACAACUGGUCAUGAGGGCGAAGAUGAGAUGACUGCUCCUCCAAGAACGACUAUCUUUGAAUCUGCUGGUGAUCUACUCAACCCCAAGGUACCCGAUGUUGAAUACCUGAUCGAUCCAUCAAAGCGGCCGCGAACUAUCUUCCAUGACCGCGUUUAUCACCCAGCUGAUAUACCUGGUCCACCAUUGAAGAGACGUCCUACUACAUUGGUCAGGAGGAAGACGGGCCAACGACAGAACUCGAUAGGACAGGCCUCUACCAGCAGCGCGGAUUCGUCGCCAUAUCCUCAUGUGAAUCACGAGGACAGUUCAUUGUCAGCUAAAGACUACGAUGAUACAGCGAACACGAAUCCGGAUAAAGAUAUUCAUGAAGUUAUUGACACUUCAAACAUGCGAGUUGAGGAGAAGAUUGCGAGAGCCUACCACAAGGACCUGUCCUGGAGAAAGGUUCUCGUCAAGGUUGAGCCUGACGCUCACAACAACGUUCUGGUCCGCCGUAUGUUUGCCAACGCGUACGGCUGGCCUGUCAUCAAGCACUUGGUCGAUGCCCACUUCAGCGACUCGGCGGCCUCUCGCCUCCGCGACGAGGACGAACACAACCGCGAGCGGGCCCGCAACAUGAACGAGCCUCCUGACGAGCACGGAGCCGAGCUCAAGAAGAGUCGAGACAACUUGGCAAGUAUGACUCGAACGGAUAGUGAGUCUCGGGAAGCUAUGGACAAGGUAUCGGAUCUUCCGAAGCCACAGCAGUCUCAGAGAGGGAGCGACGCAUCAACGCACCAGCGGCCUAAGGCGGAGCGAGCGGACUCAGUGACAUGGAGCGAGCGAGACUGGCACGAUAGCGACUGUGAGAGUGAUCUCGAUUUUGGAGGUGAUCUGCCUGCGCCAACGUCCCCGUCGGCGCUUCAUCAGCAGGACAAGGGCAAAGAGGCGCAGGGGCCGUCGGGCGGGUGGAACUGGGCGGAGAAGAUUGUGGGCAAGGGAGCUUCACGGGCGAAGAGUCCCGUGCAUGAAGCUAAAGAUGAAUAA